GUGGACAUACCAUUGGAGUUGCACACUGUGCCACUUUCUCACCAAGGCUUUAUAACUUCACUGGAAAUGGUGAUCAAGAUCCUUCCUUGGACCCAUCAUACGCCGAAUUCUUGAAGCAGCAGUGCCCUAAUCCGGCCAACCCCGCGACCACCGUGGCAAUGGAUCCUGAAAGCGAACUCACAUUUGAUAAACAUUACUACCAAACCCUGUUGGAGAACAAGGGUCUGUUCGUAUCUGAUGCUGCGCUUCUGACCAACAAUGAUUCGGCUAAGAUUGUUGAACGACUGCAGAUCUCCAACUCUUUCAUUCCACAAUUUGCCAAUUCCAUAAAGAAGAUGGGAGCCAUAGAAGUGCUCACCGGGACCGCAGGAGAGAUCAGGAAGCAAUGUCGUGUUGUGAAUUGAUGAAAUGAAUAUAAAAUUAAGAUAAAUGUCAACCGUAUUAUUUGUGUUUUUUUUAGGUACAGUUGUACAACAGUAUUAUUUUUUUCAUUCUCUCAGUUCUUCGGUUUCAUUAGUUACUUUUUUUUAUACACUAUAUCUAUAAUAAAUUAUAUAAUGAAGGAAUCAUUAGUGUUUAUGUUUUGUAUUUAGACUUAAUUCAAUAAAUCAUUUAUUUACUA